AGGUUUGUGUGUUUCCUAUAUAAAUGAAGCCACGUUUCAUUUGACUUUCACUUAUAAGCUCCUGUUUCUUCUUGCCAUGAAUGACCUUCAUUCACAAAAUACAAAUUACAUCACACCACACCACUAUACCAACAGUAAAUAUAUCUAUCUGCAACAGUACCAGCCACAGCAACCCUCCAGACAACAACAACAACAACAUAGUCCAAGGAGUAUAUCAGAUAUAGCAUACACUCAAUCAGAAUAUUUAAUCAAUAAUAAGACUGGAACAGAAUCGCCAAGUCCAUCGCCGAAUCAACAUUACUACCAUUCAGAGUGGAUAGAUUCACCGUUAUCAAACAAGUCGUCGCCAUAUAGAAAGCUAGUUAAUCUCAACAGCAACUAUCAGUACAAUUCAAACAUGUCUUCUACCGCAACUGCAACUUUGCAACAACAUCAAAUUGCCACAACCACCCUCCGAUACGAAACUCCAAUUAAAUCAACAAGACCAAAUACCAACUUUGCUUAUAUAAACACCCCAGUAUCUGACCACCAUGACCACAAGACCAAAGCAUCCGGCUCACUUCCAGCCAUAGACAUCGAUAGAGCUAAUACCGUCACCCCAGCUCUCAAGCCAACCAUACCCCAUAUCAGUGAUUGGGAUAUUUUCUGGAGCAUGCUCAAUGAUAUUGUGGGGAAAGACAAACUUGCCAAGAUUGGCCAAUAUACGUUACGUUUACUUAUACAUCACGCGGGAACGUCAGAACUGUAUCUCAGUACAGACUCCAUGAACAUCAAAGUUAUAAAUGAUCGAUAUAAUGAUACCACUAAAAAAUUAAACUUGUUGAAAAAUUUCAUCAAACAUCCCCAAGACUUUAUUCGGAUUAUCGUUAUUUGGCUCUGUGCUAAUAUCAAACUCAAGUUCUCCGGUAUGGUUAAUGGAUUGUCUUUGUAUCGACAAUUCCUCAGAUUUGGGAAAACGCCAUUCAGACUUAGAAACCUUUUCAAUAAGAUCUCCAGUAAUGUCAAUUUAAAGUCAAAUUAUGAACUUGAUAUAAAUUAUGAGAAAUUAUUUACAAAAGCAACCUUGGGUCAAUUCACAUCACUCUACUAUGGGAUUAAUGAUGAAUCACUCUUGCUUUACAAGUUGAAAUUAUUAUCUAAUGCAUCAUACAAGAAAUUUGCUCUGCGUCAUGAAUCCUUUGGUUGGUAUUCUGAAACUUGGUUAGCGAUGUACAAUGCCGUUGAAAAGUUGAACAAGUUAUCACAGCAAGAAAUGGACUUAAAGAUUCUGAUUCAAGUGAGAAAUAAAGCCAAGAUUCUCUCACGCCAAUUGUUGGGUAAUGGCUCUGGGUCAACCAUGAUGAGUCAAUCAUUCUCGAGUAAUUCCGCCAAUGAUGACUUGGAAGCUCUUGAAGAAAUCCAAUUCAAAAAGAAUAAUGCUUGGUUAGACAUAUACAAGAACUUAGCCGAUUUAGGGUUCAACACAUACACAGUGUUCCAACUUCGUUUACCAUUUGCAACUUGGCAAAUAUGGAUGGGUAUAACUGCUUCAGUAUUGAGUACGAUAAAGUUGUAUAGAGAGACCAAGAAGGCUAUGAUUGAAAAGGAAUUAGCUAAACAGAAGUAAUUAUAUAGAUAUAUAUAUAUAUACAAGUUUACUAUUCUGCUAGUAUUUCAUCUAAUGUAACGUCAUUAGGUAUUUUUGUAGCCUCUUUCCAAAACUUGGAUAAAUGACGGGCACCAGAGUCACACGCAAUAACAACUAUACGUUGACCUGGACCAUACUUCAAAGCUGUCUUAACCGCAGCAACACAAUUGAUGGCUGACGAACUUCCCCAGAAUAACCCGUCAUUUAUACAAAGAUAUUUCGCCAUUUUCAAUGCUUGGCUGUCUGUGACUCUGAUUGCUUCGUCAAUGAACUUCUCUCCUUGUUUGAAAUUCCAGGUUAAUCUAUUAAGACCAAUUCCUUCAACCAAGGUAUCCACUUGGUGUCUUCUUCUUGUCCCUUCCCUUUCUACUGAAUCAUACAUAACCCCAAAGUUUACUCUAUUGGCUAAACCAGACCCUUGAGGAUCGGCAAGUAUAAUCCUGGUAUCUUGUCCUUGGACUUCCUUAAGGUAUCUCCCUACCCCAGCAAUCGUACCCCCAGUUCCACUUCCAUUAAUAAACACAUCAAUAUGUUCACCCAUUUGUUCCACAAUCUCAGGACCAGUGGUGUUAUAAUGGAUUCUCCAAUUGAAAUCAUUCUCAAACUGAUCCGCAAAAAUCGCCUUAUUCUCACCUUUAGCGUUGACUUCGUCUGCUCCACGACGAGCGGCAUUGGUAUACUGGUUAGGAUCAACUAUACUUGCUGGCUUCACAGGCUCGAUCUCAGCACCCAAGGCAGUCAAUAACAGAAGCUUCUCCGGCGAAGUAUCAUCAGGCAAACAAAUAUGAGCAAUAUAUCCCAAUGCAUUCGCCAAUACUGCAAAGGAAAUUCCUGUAGAUCCACUAGUUCCCUCAUAUAUGAUAUUUCCCUGGUGUGGAACAAGUCGCCCUUCAGAUUCAGCAUUGCGGAUAAUGGCAAGGGCAACUCGAUCUUUGGCGCUCCCGGCAGGAUUAGUAAGUUCUAACUUGGCGUAGAUUUUACAUCCGGUGAAUUUCAGGAGGGAUUUGAUUUCGAUGAGUGGGGUGUUGCCAAUGAGGGAUUCAACACCGCGGGUUCGGGGUGGGAGUAAUGUGAGUUUGUCCUUGGUCGUGUCUCGAGUAAGGAGUCCAUGGAGCUCUUUGAGAAUUAUUACAAGGGAUAGCACUGCUGCUGAUGUUUGAAAUGCGGAUCUCCAGUUUAUUGCCAUGGUGUAUUGUGGAGUUGCUUGAUAGAGAUCUAGUUCACCACUUUAU